AUGUCGUCUGUUAAGCAAGAACAAUCAUUAGACCAAACACAGCAACAAGAAUCGGAAACGCCAGUAUCGAAGCCAUCAACUACGGAUAGGGUUGUAGAUAGCGUUAAAUUUCCACCAAAACAUAAAUUAACUGUCGCCGAGGUGUUUGUUGGCCGAAAUGGACAACCGAAUUUAGAAUUAUUGAAAAAGUAUUUUAUCGCAGAGGGUAGAGUAGAUGAAACGACAGCAUUGCGCAUUAUUCAAGAGGGCGCUACAUUAUUAAAAGCUGAAAAUACGAUGAUUGAUAUUGAAGCUCCAGUCACUGUAUGCGGCGAUAUUCACGGUCAAUUUUUCGAUCUAAUGAAGUUAUUUGAAGUUGGCGGAUCACCAGCAACGACCAAAUAUCUAUUUCUCGGUGAUUAUGUUGACAGAGGCUAUUUUAGCAUAGAGUGCGUACUAUAUUUAUGGGCGCUGAAGAUUUGUUAUCCAACAACAUUAUUUCUAUUGCGGGGCAAUCAUGAAUGUCGGCAUUUGACUGAAUAUUUUACUUUUAAGCAAGAAUGUAAAAUUAAAUAUUCAGAACGUGUUUACGAUGCGUGCAUGGAUGCUUUCGAUUGUUUGCCAUUAGCUGCAUUAAUGAAUCAACAAUUUUUGUGUGUGCAUGGAGGUCUUUCACCGGAAAUUCAGGAUUUGGAUGAUAUAAGAAAGCUUGAUCGUUUCAAGGAACCACCGGCUUAUGGUCCAAUGUGCGAUUUAUUAUGGAGUGAUCCAUUAGAGGAUUUCGGCAAUGAGAAAAAUACCGACUUUUAUUCACACAAUACCGUUCGUGGAUGUUCAUACUUUUAUAGUUAUCGGGCGUGUUGUGAUUUUUUGCAAAAUAACAAUUUGUUAUCUAUCAUUCGUGCUCACGAGGCUCAAGAUGCUGGAUAUCGAAUGUAUCGAAAGAGUCUUACCACCGGUUUUCCAUCUCUUAUAACAAUUUUUUCAGCACCUAACUAUUUGGAUGUGUAUAAUAAUAAGGCUGCUGUCCUUAAAUAUGAAAAUAAUGUAAUGAAUAUAAGACAGUUUAACUGUUCGCCACAUCCUUAUUGGCUUCCAAACUUUAUGGAUGUAUUUACUUGGUCGCUGCCAUUUGUGGGCGAAAAGGUUACAGAGAUGCUGGUUAAUGUACUUAACAUAUGCUCGGAUGAUGAAUUGAUGAGUGAGAGCGAUGACACAUUAGAGGAAGCUAAUUUGCGUAAAGAGGUCAUUAGAAAUAAAAUUCGUGCAAUCGGUAAAAUGGCACGCGUAUUUUCUGUGUUAAGAGAGGAGUCAGAAUCUGUUUUGCAAUUGAAGGGACUAACACCAACUGGAGCUUUGCCACUUGGUGCGUUGUCUGGUGGAAAGACGUCACUUAAAAACGCAUUACAAGGCUUCUCACCGAAUCAUAAAAUCACGUCAUUUGCGGAAGCGAAAGGUCUCGAUGCGAUUAAUGAACGCAUGCCACCACGCAAAGAUGCUCCACCAACACCAACGGACGAGAAACCAUCAUCAACACUUAAAGUCGAUAUAAAGGGCGAUAAAACAACAAAUAAUCAUUCUUAA